ACUCAUAUCAACAAACAAAACCAUCUCUCUUUCACUUUGAAUGUGCGAAACUAAAAUGCAAACUCUUUUCACCAUACAUUAGUCACCAACUUGGCACCAGUUAACCUUCCAUUUUGCAUUCAUCAUUCUCACAUCCAUACGCAUCCAUUCAAGAUGAGUUAACUUGGGAUUUCUCACUCCUAUUUUGCUGUUUUCUUUAUUUUUCUUUAUUUUUUUUCCUUUGCUGGAUUUUAGUUCCAAGAACUCGCAUUCAUGCAUGGUAUACAAGUGUCUUGCUUAGUUCUUUAUUUUUUUUGGCAUUUUGUGCUUCUUUCAUAAUCAUGCUUUUGCUUCCUUCUGCAUUUUUUUAAAGUUUAAAGCAGGUUUUUCCUCUUUUCUAAAUUCCUCUUAUUAUUGGGUUUUCACUGUAUUUCAGUGGUCCUAUUUUCAUAUAAUCUAAAUCCGAUUACGAAAUUUCGAAUUUAAAUUGUCAAUGUGCUUCUCUCUGUUAACUAUGGAGUCGUAUCUAAAGAUUUUAUGUGUGUUUGUGUCCACGUAGCGGUUAUCCUUCCUGUGGUUCGAAAACAACACGAGCUUUUGAUGACUCUGCUUCUGUGUAACGCUGCCGCCAUGGAGUUGUUUACAAGUAGAUGCCAGGGACCGAGCGAAAUGGAUCUUCUGACCUGUAGCCCAAUGUUCAAGAUAUAUAAUGUUACUUUAUGAUGGAAGUGGGCACGUGCAUGCAAAAAGUGCAGUGUGAGAUCGCAGGCCAUGAAAAUAUUCCAGUUGCACAGGGAAGCCCUGAGCCGUUGAAGGGUGGAAUGCCUUGUGUUGCUGAUUUUGUUCAUGGUAAAGAUGGACUAGGGAACACAUUCCUACCCUCACCAAAAGGCAAUCAAUGGAGAUUCUACGUUUGCAAGCAAAGUGAAGAGAAUAGUUAUACUUGGUGGUGCAUUCUUUGCCUUGGGGAAUGUGAAUCCUGCUGCAGAAGCAAAUAUUACUUCCAACCACGGGAAGGGAAACCUGCCCUUUAGGAGCUACGUUUGGAAUUUCAUAUUAUUAUCUCCAUGUAUCUGGGAUUGGGGAUGAUCUAAUUCUUGAGAAGUGGUGAGUCCUCCUUGUUAAAAUGACUGGUUAAAAUCUAUCGCUGACAUACAUGCUUCAAUGAAAUCUUGCAUUCUGCAUUAGUAGGUAUACUGCAAAAGUAAGUUUGCUCAUGUAAUUAUGAAGCUUUUGUAUCAUUGGUGUUACAUUGAAAAAUCUGUCAGUUCAUGGGGAGUGACUGGUAUUCCAACUAUUCUUUUCUUUUUUUGUUGAAUGCUGCAAAAUUCAAUUGUUGUAUUACCUGAUAUUCGUAUCUGCAACAGAUUUGUUGACUGAUAUUCCUACUAUUAUUUUCUUUAUUUAUCUUUGGCAUAGGUUGAGUAGGAAUAUUAAGGAUAGGGAAUUUACUGUACAGUCACAAGCAAGAAAACAAGUUAAUUUGUGGUCUUGAAAUUUGUGUUCAGAUACGACUUUUGAUUUCUUAUGUUGUGCCCUUAGCAUUUUCCUGUAAAAUAAAAAAAAAUGUACUAGUAUCUAAUAGCUCUAGUUCUCAAACCGUGAAAAUCUUGAUAACUCUCUAGAAAUAUUAGUUCAGAUCACUAUUUUAAGUUUAUUCUUGGCAUGACCAAAGUCAUGUAUACCAAGACUUCAUUGGAAUAGUAAAAGUAAUGUAUAUGCAGGACUUCAUUGGAAUAGUACGUAAAACCAAUAUCCAAUGC